UGUAGAACGAGAAGUCGCAAAUAAUAACGUUAACGUUCACAUUGAUCCACGUGUCUAAAUCUCCCGCUCCGUCCAUCUAUCCGUUAACCCUAAUCUCUCUCUUCCUCUCUCUUUCUCUCUCUCUCUUCUGUAACUUCCGCCAUAGAACACAAACCGAAAUUAUUUCUUCGUGUCCAAUAAACAAAAAACAAAAAAAAAAAGGAGAAAAAAGUAAAUACACACAUUCAUUAUAGAGAAUGGGGAAGUUGCUAUGUGAUUCGACCACCGUCGCUGAACCAUUUCAAGGUUCGCCGGCGGCGGCGCUUCCUUGGAUAGACUCGAAAUCUCCGCCGCAAUUGGAAGCUAUCGGAGCAGUAGAUCUCGUCGUUCCGACGAAUCUAGCUAACGGCGCUUUUUCCGGCGGAUGGGAGGAUGUUGUCGGGUUGGAGGAGCUGCAAAGGCGUCAUCUCCAAAAGCUUCAUGCUAAGGGAGUGUUAUGGAAGCCUCCGGAGAACGAGGAUUCUUCUUCCUCUUCGCCGUCGUCUUCUGAUCUCAGAUCUGUCGUGUUCCGACUCUCUCACGGCGGCGAGGUUUCUUCCGAUGGAAACUGUUUAUUCACAGCGUCGCGGAAGGCGAUGGAAUUGGAGGACGUUGAUGCGAAGGAGUUGAGACGGAGGACGGUGGCGAGAUUCUUGAAAGAUCUUGGAUCUGUGAGUUUUGAGGAGAGAGAAGCGAUCGAUGACGCAAUUCGGCACAUGUAUUCUCCAGAUCUGAAGUUUGGUUGGGGGAUUCAUGUUGUUCAGGAGGUGAAGUUGUUGGCAAAGAAGGAGGAUAGAUUUUCUCUUGAUUCAGCCAUCGACGAACUCGUUCAUCUCGGCAUGCAAAGAGAAUUGGCGGCGGAGUCUAUUUACAAAGAGAGGUGUAUUCCUGUGACCGAUGGUCCAACUUGGGCCAAAUACAUGUUGAUCUCCGGUUCACCCGAUGAUGAAUAUGAUAUCAUCACUUUGCAAUAUACUGAGGAGGGUUUAUUAUCUGUAGAUGAGAAUAGAGAGGGCCGUGCUGCCGCUUUCGGAGACGAUAUUGCAAUUGAGUGUCUUGCUACAGAGUUCAAGCGUGAGAUAUAUGUGGUGCAAGCGCAUGGUUCAGAUGCCAUGGUUGAUGAAGAAAAUUGUGUUUUUUUCCUUCCGCAUCGUCCAAGGAGUGAAAUCGCAGAACUUCCCUUCUUCCUUUUCAUGAAAGGAACAGGUUGGUGCGGUGCUGGGGCUGACCACUAUGAGCCGUUGAUCGCUCAUCCUUCUGCCUUUGUUUCCCAAGAGAAGGUCGCCGUGGUACUGUGAGUGUGAGGCUUCCUUACCUGCAAUUUUGUGGAGUAGAGAUUGAGUAGAAUUAGAAUUUCUUCACCCUAUUUAUGGCCACUCUAGAAAUGUUUGGCCGCCAGCAAUCAAUCUGGUUCUUCCGAAGACUGCAUUUUGUCCCAAGGAGAAUCUCAUCGUGUGGCAUUUAUUUUGUUACUGACAUUUAGAAUCAAUCAUCUUUGACUCUCCUGACAUUUGACAAGCAGGUUUUUUCUCCUGUUUGCGCUACUCGUAGAGUAUUGUAAUAGUUUUCACCGGCUUUCCGUUUUGUUGUUCCUGUUAUUCAGUUGAUUAGAAAGGGUUUGUCUCGCCGUUUAGGUAGUGUGUUGUUAAAAUUGAAGAGUUGUAUCUCAGUGGAUUUCGUCACAGUAAUGAAGGAGGCUUUUUAUCUUGUCUUAUAUGAUCA